UUUUAAUUACGAAGUUAGUAAACUUCGUAGGGUAGCUGUAACGUUUGCCCGGAACCAUGCCGAUUGCAGACUUUGUGAAGGAGAUCGACGCGAAGAAACUCAAAGCCGUCCAGGAACGGUUAAAAAAAGAGAAGGCAUCACAAAAAUACACACCUGAUGCCAAGAAGCCGGGGGUCUUCCAUUACCUGCUGCAUCAUGCCGUGAAAGGUGGAGACCCAGCUAUUGUCGAAGCGCUCCUUGCAGCUGCAGCUGAUGUGUCCGCUUUGGAUCAUGAGGAUUCAACGGCACUCCACUGGGCCGUGCGAGACGUUGGCACUCCUCCCAAAAUAGCGGAGCUGCUACUUGAGAAAAAGGCAAAGGUGGAUGCUCUGAACAAGGCGAAAAUGACACCUCUGCAUGUGGCAGCCGUAGCGGGUGCCUUGAGCGCAAUCGAUCUUCUCGUAAAGGCCGGCGCCGCAGCGGACGUCUCACCCCCAGGCGGCGGUGGCACCCCGCUGCAAUGCGCCCUCCGCGCCUGCUGUGAGGGCGCCCUGAAGCCAGCUGUCUUGCUGGAGGUGGUGGACAAACUGGUAGCCGCAGGAGCCAAACUGACAACCAAGGAUGCCAAUGGUCUGACUCCGCUGAUGUUUCUGGUGGAAUCGGGCCGGGUGGCGGAGGCGCUGCAGUUGCUGGAACGGCCCAACUGUGGCGUAGACGAACUGGACCCCUCUGGUCGCAGCCUGCUCAUGGUCCAGGUCGCAUCUGACCAGCCGCACAUGGACCUGGUUCGCGAGCUGGUGGCCAAGGGAGCCUCGGCGGACCUGCAGUACCCUCAAUCCCUGGAUACGCCACUGCACGUAGCCGCGCUCAAGGGCAACUUGGCGCUGGUUACGGCGUUGCUGCCUGCUGCCACCGCAGCGGAGGUAGCGCUGGCGGAGGCGUCCGGUGGUGCCGGCGCGGCGAUUGCGGAGGCAAUCGUAACCGCGGGCGGGGACCCCGGCGAGGCGGGCAUGUCACUCAUGAAGGCCGCGGUUGAGAAGAAGGCGGACGGCAUAGCUGCGCUGCUUGUCCCCCUCCUCAAACCUGCCGUGUUGACCUCCCUGGACUUGGAGUUCAAGACCUUCAUCGCGGCUGGACUAGGCCGGGCCGCCAUGGCAUACGUGAAGCGCUUCGAUGCGGAACACGCGGGUGACGCUCCUGUGGACGAUGCGGGGAACACGUACCUACACCUCGUGGCGGAGAGUGGCGGAAGCUAUGACGUGGUCACCGCGAUGAUGUCUCUGGGGCUCAACCCCAAUACUGCGAACAAGGAGGGCGACAGCCCACUACAUGUGGCCGCAAGGGGGGGCCAUGUGGAGGUGUGUCGGGCGCUGGUAGAUGGCGGUGCAGACGUUCUGAAACGCAACAACAAGAACCGCACACCCCGCAGCCAGCUUAAGCUGCCGGACAAUACCAAGGACUACCUGGCGGAGGCGGAGGAGUCGUUCAAGGCCGCUAAGGACGCCAAAAAGGGUGCCCUGUGGGACGACAAAAUGAAGGCCACUCAGACGGAGAGUGCCUUCGGGUUGCGAGUCAUGUGAAUCGUCCAUUUAGUUGUCAGGAACGGUGUUUGGUAGUUCAAUUCAUUUGCGUGGGAAGGGUUCAGCGUUGUGAGUUCUGCGUGGUUGGGUGUUGGGUAUUGGCAUGCGAUUCGUGUCGCUGUGUUCAACAGGUGCGUAGGUGUGUGGGAACACUUGGAUGUUGCGUGGAAGGUUGUGUGAAGAGCCACCGACCUGCGGGCUGCGCACUGCGGGAAGGUGGCGUAAUGGCGAAGAAGCACCUAGUGUCCGUUCUUCCCGUUUUCGAGAGAAACUCAAUCAUGAUGAGCAUG